GUCCCUCCCUCCCUCCGCCCUCGGGGCCGCGGUGACCGCCGCCAGCAGCGGCGCAGCAGCCGCGCACGGGCCCGCGCUCACUGUUUCCUGCGGACCCGGCCCAGCGCGGCAGGAAGCGGGGGGGGAGCAGCGCCCACCCCAUCCGCCGGGCGGGCACCGGCGCCGCGCCGGGCUCAGCGCUGCGCUUCCGCGCGGGCUCACCAUGGAUGCGACCGGCCACAGCGUCUUCCUCCUCCAGCAGCUGAACAUGCAGCGGGAGUUUGGCUUUCUGUGUGACUGCACAGUUGCCAUUGGAGAUGUUUACUUCAAAGCCCACAGAGCGGUGCUCGCUGCUUUUUCAAACUAUUUUAAGAUGAUAUUUAUCCAUCAGACGAGUGAGUGCAUAAAGAUUCAGCCUACAGACAUCCAGCCUGACAUAUUUAGUUACUUGUUGCAUAUUAUGUACACCGGGAAAGGGCCGAAGCAGACUGUCAGCAAGAGCCGACUGGAGGAGGGCAUCCGCUUCCUCCAUGCAGACCAUCUCUCCCAUAUCGCAAUUGAGAUGAACCAAGUGUUAUCCCCAGAGAUGGUGCAGUCUUCAAACUUGUAUGGGAUCCAGAUCUCGACCACACACAAACCAGCAAAGGAGCGGCUGGGAACAAAGGAGAGUCUGCCCAAGGCGGGCAGCAGGCCUGCUGCCCAAGGCGAUCACCCCCAGCUGCAGCUCUCCCUGGCCAUCGGCCUGGAUGACAGCUCCCUGGACCAGCAGGUUGCUUGCCCCUCUGCUCAGCCCGCUGCUGUCACUAAGUCAGCAGAAGAGCAUCCAAAGCUCUCCGUCUCCAUAAAGCAGGAGAGGUGUGACUCGGAGCCUGUGGUGUCCCAGAGCUGCACCCCUCCUUCUCCAGAGGUAGCGAGCCCCGUCUUUGCUAAGGCCAGCCUCAAGGUGCACUUGUGUCACUACUGCGGGGAGCGUUUCAGCUCCCGGGGGGGGCUGCGGCAGCACUUGCACACCCAUGUCUCAGGCUCACUGCCGUUUGGCGUGCCAGCCUCCAUCCUCGAGAGCAGUGACCUGGGAGAGGUGCAGCCUUUGGCUGAGGACAGGAAGGCUGGGGAUGGUCACCAGCUCGGGACCUUCCUCCUGAAGGAGGAUGAGCAUCAGCUGGAGCAUCCGAGCUGCAGCAACCUGGAGCCUCUGCAGAUCAGCCAGCUCUCGCUUAUCUCCAAGGACCACGAACCAGUGGAAUUGAACUGUAACUUUUCUUUCUCAAGAAAGAGAAAAAUCAGUUGCACUGUUUGCGGCCGCACGUUUUUCCGGAAGAGCCAGCUGCUUGAACACAUGUACACACACAGAGGGAAACAGCACAAAUAUGGCCACUGCCAGCGGCUGGAGAGCCCUGCAACCCCCAGGUUUCAUCCUUACUGUGACAGUGAGAGCAUAGGAGUGACUCCACUGGACUGACUGCAAAUACAUCCUUAUGGCUGAAAUCAUCCUGAAAUCAGAACUAUGUUCAUGUACAUGUUCAGUAUGUCUCUGAAAAGUUACAACUGCAAGCAAUAUGUUUUUAAUUGUCACACCACUUUUUAGGGUUUACUUUGGUUGAGCUUUGCACUCCUGAACAUCUGUGACAUCAAACAUCUGCAAAAGGCGGUUUUUGCAUCAUUUGCAGCACAAGAAAUGCAUUUUCAGCAGUUUUCUACUGCAAGCCUUAAAGUUAUAAUUAAAGCAGUAGAAAAAGCUUGAGACAGAAGUCGUCAGCUUCAAGUUACGUUAACUUGAAAACAUCAUUCUAAGUCUUAUAAAUAACUUUAGAAUAUAGUUAUGUUUUCUAAGCAGCUGCUCCUAGAUACAUCAUAAGAAGUUUUAUUACUCUAUGUGGAAGACACUUGAAUUACUAAGUGCUUAACCUUUAUGGCAACAGGUGCUAGAAAAUCUGCCUGACUCGCACAGCUGGGCUUGGCAAAUGCUCGUUUCUUGUGAGGUUUGGGGGUUUUUCUUCAUUAAAAUGUAAAAUAAUUUGUCACAAUGUGCAGAAUAAUGAUACUGGUGAUUCCUUCCAUGUGCCUGAGAUUCUUUGACAGAUGCACAUGGGCUUAGGCAAAGCAAGUUCCAGGGUGGUGAUACCUGAAAUCAGGAAGUCAAACAGCUCCAGGGG